AUGAAAGAUCCUGGGAGCUUCCAAAUUCCCUGCAUCAUAGGUGAUAUCAACAUUGAGAAAGCAUCGUGCGAUCUGGGGGUUAGCAUCAAUCUCAUGUCCUUGGCUAUGAUGAAAAGGAUGACGAUUGAGGAGGCCAAACCAACUAGAAUGGAACUCCAAUUGGCUGACAGAACAUUCAAGUUUUCCAAUGGGGUAGUGGAAGUUUUGUUGGUGAAAGUAGGAAAGUUUAUCUUUCCAGCUGACUUUGUUGUGCUUGACAUGGAGGAAGAAGCCAACACAUUAAUAAUCCUAGGAAGGCCAUUCCUAGCUACUGCUGGAGCCAUUAUUAAUAUUCAAAAAGGGGAGCUAGUCUUGAGGUUACAUGAAGAGAAGAUGGUCUUCAAUGUCUUCAAAGUAAUGAGUUACCCCAUGGAAUCCAUAGGAGAAUACAUGAUGGUAGACACCAUAGAAAAAAUAGUUCAAGGAGUUUUGGAAGAAGAACAAUGUGAAGAAACUAUGGAGCUGGAGCAACAAGCAUCAGGUGGAGAAUUACCACAAGGAAUCAUGGAGGAUUCGAUCAUGUUGAACCACAUGAGCAACAAGGAAGUGGAAGCACCAAAACUAGAGCUGAAGACCCUACCUCCAAGUUUGAAGUAUGCUUAA